GGGGGUAGAAACGCACAGCGAGGGAGGAAGCGAGGGACAGACAGAGCGUGAGGGAGACUGGGCUAAGUGGACAGACUUCACGUUGAGCUCGCAUGAACCUCAGCAUCAUUCCCCUCCUCCCGCCUCGCUGGACUCAUUUCAGCUGCGUUAAACCGCAGGAACUCCGCCGCGGAACACACGGUGAUCCUGGGCAAGCAUGUGCGCCGCAUGGAAAUGUGUGAGGGAAAUAUCCGAGAUGAAGGCGGCGCGCUCUGAGGAGAGGCGAGGCAGAGAAGUCAGGAAGAAGCAACUGGAGUAAAGCUGUCAUGAUCCGUGAACGCCUCGCCGCGGCGCCACACCUGGCGCUCCUCUUCCUCUUCCUCUGUCGGGGGGAAGGCUGCGGCGUCCCGGAGGCCUCUGGCCUUUCAGAGGAAGACGAGGACAUGCGAGCGACGCCAAGCGAAAAGCAACAAGUCUUGCCUCACCCGGAGUCCGUAGGCGUCUUGCUUGACCGAAUCAAAGAGCCGGGAAGACAUGGCUGCGAUACUGAGGCUGACGUAACACCAAUGCCGAGCCUGGCCUUCCAACCACUAGGCGCCAACCACCCGGUCGACAAAAGGGACACGCUGAGCCGCCAUGAAACUUCUGCUACAUCCUUUAUGUCUAAACUUAGAACAGAAGUCACUGAGAUGGGUAGCAAAACGAGCGGUUUGAGUAAUGGGGUUGAUGGCGGUGUAAUUGAUGGUGACUCUCUAGGACCAAGUUCAGAGGAAGAGGCGUACUCUGUCAACGGAGUCGGUGAGGUUCCGCCUGGAAGGACUCGGGGUGGCUCUGAACGGGUCGAAGACCCUCAAUCGGGCCCCCGUCGCCGCAGGAGCUGGCUCUGGAACCAGUUCUUUGUGAUCGAGGAGUACCGAGGGCCCGAGCCGGUGCUCAUUGGGCGGCUGCACACCGACGUGGACAGAGGGGACGGGCGCACCAAGUACAUGCUGGAGGGGGAGGGAGUUGGCUCCGUGUUCGUCAUCGACGGCAACACGGGCAACAUCCACGUCACCAAGGCCCUGGACCGCGAGGAAAAGGACGAGUACCGGCUCACGGCGACGGCCACCGACAGGGAGACGGGCCAGGCCCUGGAGCCCUCCUCCGAGUUCAUCAUCCGGGUGCAGGACAUCAACGACAACCCGCCCAUCUUCCCCGACGAGCCCUACGUUGCCGUGGUGCCGGAGAUGGCCAACAUAGGCACUUCCAUAACCCGGGUCACAGCCACAGACGCCGACGACCCGACGUACGGAAACAGCGCCCGGCUGGUCUACGGGAUUUUACAGGGCCAGGACCAGUUCUCCGUGGAUCCUCAGACAGGCAUCCUGCGGACCGCCGUACCUGACAUGGACAGGGAGACGCAGGACGAAUAUCUGGUGGUCCUCCAGGCCAAAGACAUGGGCGGACAUCUGGGUGGGCUGACGGGGACCACGACCGUCACCGUGAAGCUGAGCGACGUCAACGACAACCCGCCCCACUUCAGACGCAGUGCAUGGUCGUUCUCCGUGUCGGAGCUGGCUGCACCAGGUGUGGAGGUGGGCCGUCUCACCGCCACCGACCCUGACCUGGGAGAAAAUGCACAGCUGGAGUUCACCAUCCUGGACGCGGAGGAGACGGACAUUUUCAACGUCACCGGCAGAGCCAGAGAGGCCGUCAUCGUGCUGAACAAGCUUCUGGAUUACGAAAUGCGUAAUUCGUAUACUUUUUCCGUGGAAGUGGCGAACCCGGUCGUUGACCCCCGGUUCAUACGGAAAGGGCCCUUCAAGGACCAGGCGACGGUCCGGGUGAUGAUCCUCAACGCCGACGAGCCGCCGCGGUUCUCCCAGGCCGUCUACCACCUGGACGUGUCCGAGAACUGCGCCCCCCUGUGCGCCGUCGGCCGCGUCCACGCCGUGGACCCGGACACGGGACAGAGCAGCAACAUCAGAUACUCCAUCGAUCCUCAGUCGGACCCUGAGGCUUUGUUCCGCAUCGCCUCCGACAAGGGCUUCAUCAGCGCCGUGGUAGAGUUGGACCGUGAGCAAAAGCAGUGGCAUAAUAUCUCAGUCAUCGCCACACAGAGGGACAACCCAAACCUUGUGUCGAGGGCUGUGGUUGCCAUAGAGACACUGGACCAGAAUGACAAUGCGCCGGAGUUGGACAGGCAGUACGCAACAUCAGUAUGUGACUCCAGCGCCCCGGGUCAGGUCGUCCAGGUCCUGCGAGCGGUCGACAGGGAUCAGGGAGGACAGGACUCUCCGGUCCACUUCAGCAUCCCUCCUGAGUCCAGCUCCGCUCUCAACCUCUCCAUCAGAGAAUCUGGAGGUGUGACAGCCAGCCUGGUGCUGCAGUCGGCCUUGGAGCCGCUCCCUGGCUUCUCUUCGUCGCCGCUCGCCCUCGACGUGCCGGUGGUGCUGCGUGACGGGGCCUCGGGGCUGACCAACACUGGCACCGUCACAGUCACCAUUUGCCCGUGUCUGCAAGGCGGCAUGCAGACGGAGAACCGGGGCAGGCAGCGGGACCCGCGGUGGGAGAGGCACGUGGUCUGCCUGCCCGCGCCGACUGCCUCGCCGUCGCUCAUCUUCAGCUUGGUCACGCUGCUCGCCAUGCUGGCCUGUGUCACCACUCUGCUGGUGGUGUGUGCUCUCUCGCUGUCAUUGCGCCAUCAGAAGCGAGACUCCCACUCGCCCUUUGAGGAGGAUGAUGUCAGGGAAAACAUCAUAUCCUACGACGACGAGGGGGGAGGGGAAGCGGACACGGCCGCCUUUGACAUCGCGGCGCUGCAGAGCAUGCACAGGAUCCAGCACAUGCAUAACAGCGGGAACAUAUGGUACACCCAGCAGAAUCCGCCCAGAGCCAGGACGUACAGCUGGAGCCGUCACCCGCGCCCGGCUCUGGGCCCCCAGCAGCGGCCGGGCUCGGCCCAGCUCUACGGGCGCCUCUGCUACGGCGUCCACACGCUGCCCGUUCUCAGAGACUACCCGCUCGGGCCGCUGGAGGCGGGCCUCCAGCUGGGCCGGGUGACCCAGGGCCUCACGGCGGGUCACGGCGCCAAUCGUCUCCUCGUCCCCGGCCGGAGCACCUUUGAGCCUCUGCUGCACUCACCCGAGAUGAGCCUCGGCGGCUUCGAAGCAGAGCAUAUGCUGGCAAAGAGCGCGGCCGCAGACGGGAACGAGAGUGGCGGGGCGAACGCGGCCGGCGCCAAAGGGAAGGAGGAGCAGGCCAAGCCAAACCCGACAGGCCCAGAGUCGACAGCAGCCAACGUCCCAGCACACCUGACCUACGAGUCGUCGUGCCAGAGUCACACCAGCUUCUCGUCGAACCAGCAGGAUGGCCGUCCGGGGUCGUCCCAGACCCAGGUCAGCACCGGCGCCACCAGCACCACGGCGGACGACAUCGACACCGACUCCUCCAUCCGCUCCAUGUCGGAGCAGAACUACUCCACCAGCAGCCAGAUGAGCAGCGUGAACUCCCCCGCCUACGUCAAGGCAGACUCGUACAGCAUAGUGGGCUCGCUGAACCCGGGCGGGAUGGGGGUGUGCAUCAACGGGACUGGCGCCGGCGGCGGGUUGCAGCUGCUCAACAUGGCAACGCUGAAGGCCAGAGACACGUCCCCGCAGACUUUAACCGCACCGGCGAGGUCACUCGGCAACGGCAAAGCCCCGGUGUCCGAAGCCCUGAACCCUCAGCCGCUCCGGAUGGAAGAACUCCUCAACAUCCGUUUGGACCGGGUCACCUCGGACCUGUCGCAGCCGCCCUACGACUCGCUGCAGACUUACGAGUUCGAGGGCUGCGACUCCAGGGCCGAGUCGCUGAGCUCGCUGGAGAGCAACGGCGACAAGGAGGGCGAGCGGGCAGCGGGGGGAGGUAUGGACGAGCUCAACCAGAAGUUCCAGAGGCUGGUGGAAAUCAUCCGCGAGAGGCAGAAGGAGAAGAAGAAGACGACGCAGAGCGGCGAGGCGGCAGAGACCGCAGAGACUCAGAGACAGGGCGAGAACACAGAGAAACAGCAGCAGAGAUGGGAUUUCUAGAUCCUCUGUACCAGACGAGCGUGAGAGAAGAGGAAAAUCUUUGAAAAUAACGGAGUUUAAACACACACACACAUGAAAAAAAAAAAAUUCCUCUGACACAAAUGAGCUUUCAUUUUCUCCCUGACGUCAAGAAUCAAGGCAACCCGGUAGCGCAGAUCUGUGAUCAGUGUGUAGCUUUCACUUUCACCGGGUUUAGAAACGAGAACCCGUCACUUUUCACACUAACCAUUAAUACUGCAGACAUGGCUUUAAAAGUUAAUGAUAUAAAUAUUAUUUUUUUUAUAUAUAAAUAAUGCACUCCAAAAAUUGUUAGAAAAUCUGUGCCAUCAGAUAGUGGAUAGUUAUUUCAGUCAGUAUGUGACGUUUUUGGCUCUUUAGGGAUCCACUAGGAUGUAAACUGGAGACGAAACAUGAGUAAAAUUAUCAAAAAUAUUCAUAUCCCUUAAAUCUUUUCACCUUACAACAGGGCUGGAUAAUAAAUCCAUAACAAUAUCAUGGUAGACACCUGAUCAAUAUCAAUAGAUAAUACAUCUGAUAGAAUAUUCAAUAUAUAGAAAACCACAGCAUUCUGUGAGGUUUUAGCAGAGGGAAGGUUUUAGCCACCUACCUUCUCACAGCAAGCUAAGGUUGGUGGAAUCAACUGACUCGCUCCCUCUUUGGUUACCUAGCAACAAGAUAUUUGAAACAAAAAACUUUGUCAAUAAUGAUCAAUAUUGACAAUUAUUGAUAUCGGCUGAUGUGAAACUCUUAUAUUGCGAUACGUUUUUCAGCCGUAUCGUCCAGCCCGAACAGCAACAAACUUCGGUGUGUUUUAUUGAGGUUUUGCGUGAUAGGUAGACACAAAACAGUGCAGAACUGUGAUGUGGAAGGAAAGCGAUGCCUAGUUUAGAAAGGUUUUUGCUAAUGUUGUUCUGUGCGGGUCUCAAAUGUUUGUUCAAAAACAUAAAUGAACAAGCAGCAUCAUCAAGACCAAGUACAUAAAGCAAUGUGUCAAGCUUUGAACAUCUGACAGGGCUCUAUUAAACCAAUUAUCUGAACUUGUCCCAAUAACAAUUUGUUCCAGAAGUUAUUAUGAUAAACAAAAAUAUUGUUGUUACAGACUUUUUUCAUGUUAUGUUGUGGUAAUAGCAUAACAAUGCUCAAAAAUCAAGAAAUGUUUAAUUUCUAACCAUUAUUCAAUUGUAAGAUGUCAAAAUAAAUAAAUCAAACACCCAAAACAACAAAUAAAAUGGCUACCGAUGGAGGAGAUAUGAUCCGAUAAAACGAUCCACUUUGGCUUAAAAUGCUUAUGGAGUGGGAGAGGGACUCUGAAAAUCACCCUGACCGCACCAUCCCAGUGUUUAGACUUGGUGCGGACAGUCAGGGUCAGAGAUCAUAGAGAGAUACAGAAGCUGCAAAAGAGUUGAGGUUGGAGGCAAUAUAGGUUCACCUUCCCUAAAUAUACCUCUAUAAGCACAGUGAAAUAGUCUAGGUCGAAGCAUGCUCUUUUGCCAUAAUGGCUCAGUCAAAGUCAAAACCUUAAUCUAAGAAUCUGUGACAAGAAAAUGGCUGUGUAAAGACACAGUGUUUAAGCUAUUUUGAAAAGAACAGGAGAAAGCGUCUCUAGACGUGGAAAGCUGGUAGAUUUAUGAGGUAUUAACUCAACAUAGAUGAACACUAAACUGUAUUAUUUGCAAAGAAAUGUGAAAAGUAAGUUACGUUUUCCUUUCACUUUACAGGUAUGCGCUGAAAAAAAAAUCACACUGAAGUUUGUGGUUGUAAAAUGUAGAAAAGUUUAAGGGACGGAUACUUUUGAAAGGCAUUGCAAGUCCUCUGAGUCUGACAUCAUACAUUAACUACGUUAAAAUAAUAAAUUUCCAAACAAACCUGUUCACUUUGAACGUCAAAGUGAACAGGUUUGUUCACAGGAUCACUGAGUCUAUCAGUGAUCUUUUUGUUUUUGCUAAAGGGGGAAAAAAAGGUAAUUGGCAUCCAUAUGUAGAUAAACAUCAAGCUCAGCUGUGGGUGUUGUUGACCAGAAAGGGUUUUGGGGCCCCGGCUAUCUACUGGACACAAGAAGCGGCAACGAAGCGCUCGAUUUUUGGCUAGCGAAACGUCGAGAACCUGCACUAAAUGAUGUUCACCCACACAAGAAUUAUUUAUAUUCCCCCCCUAUUGUGUGUCUGGAAGCUUCCUCGCCUUCUUGUAAAGAGAUUUAUGCAACACGGAACGCAGAGACAUUGUUCUUGUGACGGCCCCCGAGACGCAGAAAGAAAGAAAAAAACUCUUCAUUUGCUCAGAGAAUACUUAAAUGUUAUUCAUGCCUUUUGACAGGGGCUCAUUUUUAAAGCAAUUUUAAAAACGCAUUCAUUAUUUAGAAAGGUGCCGGAAUAAGUUAUUAAAAAUAAUUACAUUAUUUUUCAAUAAUAUGAUAAAAAAUGAAUUUGGCUCCCCGCAAUUGUUCCCACUCUUCAUCCGCGGCGGGAAUUCAGCUCUUAAUCAUCUGUCGGUCUAAUAGGAUUGGAAAGCUUUCUCUUUUGAAGGCACUUUUUUUCAUGUUUUUGCAUCUUUACGUUUUUUGGGGGUGGGGGGUUGUUUUUUUUUUUUUAGAAAGGAGAAUGCAGAGACGAGGAAGAGGGCCAGACCAAAUGAUGCCACAGUCAUCACCACGCAGCUCAUUGUCAGAACGCCGUGGGCAUCUUUAGAUGUAAUGCUGCGGCUUGUGGAUGGAAAUAUGGCUGGAAAUGACCAGCCGAGCUCGCAACGGAAACCCAUUUAAUAUCAAACUGGACUGCUGUUGAUACCUUUUAUAUAAAUCACCUCAGCAAUCAUCAGUAAAGAACAAAAUGCCACAAAAUAGAACCACUGAAUUUCAAAUGUAAUGUAGAAAAAUGUGUUGUUUAUGUUUCAAAGGGAGAAAAGUCCUAGUUAUCAAAGCAAAGUCUGUGUCGGUUCAGUCGUUAUAGGUCGACAGGACAAUGCUGCCAUCUACAGGUCACGUAUAGAAUACCUCGUUGUGUUAAAACUGUUAAUCCUUCAGGCGGAAGGGACGCCAUGAUGGAUUUAACCUAAAUAUUCCUGGCAUACGGUUCAUACGCUGGAGAACCUGAGGAACCAGGCUAAGAUAUGGAGGUGGGAAGGCCUGAGGGCUCACAGCUUUUUUUCUCAUAAAAAAAAACCGAAGUGUGUAUGAAUUUUUGUCACUUCAGCUCAUAAAACUUCAUUUUGCUCUAACAAAA